ACUUAUUGUCUUACCGGUACUUGAAGUUUGAAUCAACAUUUGCUAGACAGCAAAUUAAUGUUGUAGAUUUAGUCUAGGAAUUACAUGUUCAAGUAUUUCCUUCAUUGUUCCACUGAAUCUCAAAAUUUGCUAUGCAACAAAGCUUUUGGCACAUGUCCAAAAAUAUAACUGGGGAAUUCCCACAUGCAGAGCAAUUGGGCAUUUCGUCACAAUAGCACACAGCAUUCAUUACAAAAUUGUUGGCUCGUGUCCAAAAACCUGGGAAUUUCCACACGCCGAGCAAUUAUUCUUUUCAUCACUAUAGCACACAAUGUUAUGUUGUGCCUUGCGCAUUCAAAGAAAGAGCAGCAAUUUAUAAGUUACCUGUUGAAUAUGCUUUUUGGAGGAAGUUAUUCACUCAUGAUUUACUGCACGACUAUGUAACUACCAUCUGUGCCCACUUCUGUACUUUGCCACCAUUUUAUGUGAAGUGCUCGCUGUGUAAUUAUUUACAUUGAUAACAUGCAAGAAAUCUGCAUUUCAUAAACUAUUUUGGUGCUGUUGAAUGCAGUGCGUGGCCUGAUGACUUUGCCCAUGUCUGUUAGCAAGCUAGUCCCUGUUGACUGUUACUGGUGUCUGCAUGUGGUCUGACGGUAGUGGUAUGGAACAUUCAGGCAUUGAGGAUCAUGAACGACCUUUGCUGUCACUAGAACAGGAUAUACGGCAGAGUGGACACCUUUUGGAGACCUUGGGGAGUCAGUCUUUGCAGAACGCAUUCUUGUAUGGUGGAUGGCUCAACAUAGCCAAGAGACUUUUGGAUCCUGAGGAUAGGCGGGACAACGAUGAAGUCACAGGCCAGUUUAAUGCCUGGAUUGUCCAGAAUUGUGGGAUUGGUGUUGAACAAGCUUGGCAGCAUUUAAUGUUUUAUGAACAACAUCGUGGGAACCAAAGGAUUUAUGAACUGCUUGGAGGAAUCACAGCAACCCCUGAGGAACACUCUGAACAAUCAAGCUCUAUCAAUCAUCACCUGACAGUCUCGCUGGAAGACUGCAUCGCAAAUCUACAGGAGUGUUAUUCUUUGUUCGAGGUGAUCAGUAAUCACUUGCGGAGAGCAUAUUCGAUGUUUGGAAGAUUGCUGCUUCUUGCACAGGCAAUAUGGAAGCCCACGUCUGGCAAUGAUGAAGGAACAAGAGGUUUCUUUAGCUGGAUUGAACGUAGCUUUGAUAUCACUUAUGACGUAGCUCAGCAAGUAAUGCAGUGCUGUACAUUGAACAGUAGUAUGGAUCAGAGACAGAUAAGGGGAGCAGAAGAAUCUGCAGAGGAUGGAAUUGCGAGAGCAGAUGAAACCCGAAAUGAAAGAGCAGAUGAAAUCGGAAGGGCUGAUGAAAUCGGAAGAGCAGAUGAAGUUGGAAGAGCUGAUGAAGCUAGAAGAUUAGAUGGAAUCGGAAGAGUUGAUGAUAUCAGAAGAGCAGACGAAAUCGGAAGAGCGGAUGAUAUCAGAAGAGGACACGAAAUUGGAAGAGCUGAUGAAGUGGGAACAGCAGACGAACUUGGAAGAGCCGACGAAAUUGGAAGAACUGAUGUAAUCGGAAGAGCGGAUGAAAUUGGAAGAGCGGAUGAAAUGGGAAGAGUGGAUGAAACAGGAAGAGCGGAUGAAAUCGGAAGAGCAGAUGAAAUUGUAAGAGCUGAUGAAAUUGGAAGAUCUGAUGAAACUGGAAGAGCAGAUGUAAUCGGAAUAGCUGAUGAAAUCGGAAGACCGGAUGAAAUAAGAAAAGAAGAUGAACUCGGAAGAUCGGAUGAAAUCGGUAGAGCAGAUGAAAUCGGAAGAGCAGACGAAAUUGAAAUAGCAGAUGAAAUUGGAAGACUGGAUGAAAUUAGAAACGCAGAUGAACUCGGAAGAUCGGAUGAAAGCGUAAGAGCGAAUGAAAUCGGAAGAGCAGAUGAAAUGGUAAGAGCAGAUGAAAUGGUAAGAGCUGAUGAAAUCAGAAGAGCAGAUGAAAUCGUAAGAGCAGAUGAAAUGGUAAGAGCUGAUGAAAUCAGAAAAGCAGAUGAAAUGGGAACAGCUGUUGAUAUUGGAAGACCAGAUGAAAUUGGAAAAAGAGAUGAAAUCGUAAGAGCCGAUGAAAUCGUAAGAGCCGAUGAAACUGGAAGAGCCGAUGAAACUGAAAGAGCGGAUGUAAUGGGAAGAGCGGAUGAAAUCGUAAAAUCGAAUGAAAUGGAAAGAGCUGAUGAAAUGGGAAGAGCAGAUGUGAUCGGACAAGCAGAUGAAAUCGAAAGAUCAGAUGAAAUCGUAAAAUCAGAUGAAAUUGGAAGAGCUGAUGAAACUGGAAGAGCGGAUGAAAUCGGAAGAACAGAUGUGAUCAGUAGAGCAGAUAAAAUAGGAAGAGCAGAUAAAAUGGGAAGAUCAGAUGAAAUGGGAAGAGUGGAUGAAAUCCUAGGAGCUGAUGAAAUGGGAAGAGCGGGUGAAAUCGUAAGAGCUGAUGAAACAGGAAAAGUGGAUGAAAUCAACAGAGCAGAUGUAACUGGAAGAGCGGAUGACAUUAUAUAUGUGAGUACUGAUGGUUCCUGCAGUGGAAAUGAAAGUGAAAGCACAGACAAAACAAGAAAUACAGCUAUCAGUGUACAUGUAUCUGAAAACGAAAGUUUGUUUGGAUCUGAAAGUGCAGAUGAAGAGCAGUCUAAAAGUGAGACUCCUGUUACCUAUACCCACGCAAGUAUGCAUCAGGAAGGAGACAAUGUUGCACAAUUGAGCUCUAAUAGGAAUCCUCACCCUGUCAGUCCAACCCAGCAACAAGGACCAUAUGGAUAUCAUGACACAACCAAAGGCAAUCUACAUCCAAAUGUUGCUCCUUACUUAACAAGAAGUGUCUCUCGUGGUCUUAGAAGUCAGGAAAAGACUCUCUCAAGGAGUGACACUGCCUUCAACGAAAAUUGUGGAAUGUCACCUUUAAAUCCUUCAAAGCAAAAAGGACAAGAAGGUAUUGAGUUGUACCAAAGAGGAGAUACAACAAGAGAUGGUUGCAGUGAUGGGGAAAGGGAUAUGGAGAGAAAGUCGAGAGACAGGUUUUUAAGUGAGACGGUGCAGUCUCCCCAGGAUGUGCCAACCCAGGACAGUCCUGCCCUUGACUCUGAGUCUACUUGUAAGGAAAAGCGAUUAAAUCAAUUGCACGACACUAGUACUUGGUCUUCCUUGGCGAUGAAAAGUGAGACUAGGUCAAUGGCAGGAGCCAGCUUCAGUAACAGAAGAGAAACUGAGGUAGCUCGUCUUUGGCCUUACCAUGAGCAUCAGGAUGACUUGUCUUUGGCAGUUCCCAAACAAGAGUUACAGAGAUAUGAUAACAACAAUUUUCUGUUUGAUUAUCAACAUUCCUCUAAAUUGGAUGAAACACGAAGAGACUGCAGAGACACAUUUCCUGGGGAUUACCAAAGACAUACAAGUACUAUCAGGGAUUCUGAAAGGAGCCAGACAAUCCUGUCAAGGAAUGAUGCUGUCUUGUAUAAUGAGAGAGAAGAGAUGUUUCAUGUACAUGCAGCAGAUGGACAUCAAACCAUCAUUGGUCAAAGAAUAGAGCCUUUUGCUACAGAUCCCUUUGACAUUAACGAAAGAAGAAGGAUGGAAACCCGAUCAGAAAGUACUAAUUGCUCUUCAGAGACCAGAGGGGAUGUGCCUUUGGACAACAGAUUCCAAGCAUCUUUUCCUCAGACAAGGGAAAUAUCAGUAGAUUAUCAAAACAAUGCUCAUCAUCUUACAGAAAAAAGUAGUUUGCAUAGAAGACCAGAUCCUCUAACCAGGGAUGUUGAUGCAAGUAAGGAGCCUGUCCAUUCUCUAAGGCAUGGCUUAGGAUCUCGUCUUGGGCCAAGAAGAGAGUUCUUUCCUGUUUCACACGAUGCACCUGCUUUGCAUAAAGAAAGAAAGAAGGGUGGUGGUGCAAAUUAUCAAGAUCAUCGGAAUCUCAUUGAACUGGAAAGAAGGUCCAUAACGUACACUCAGGAAAUGGAGAAUAGCAGUUUUCUGAACCUGAGAGCAGGAAUGCAAGCACAUCAUUGUCAACAACUGGGACAGAACCUUGACAACCGACAAAGUACUACGCCGUAUGGAUAUGGUGGCACAUCUUUUGCAGGUGAUCUUUCACCACAGGAUCGUGCUUCAAAGGACUCUGGAACUACUCAAAGGACUGAGACUUGGCCUGAGUAUCUGCCUCACUCCUUAGAGGAACAAAGAGAAUGGUCAUCUUUUGCAGCGGAUCUUUCACCACAGGAUCGUGCUUCAAACGACCCUGGAACUACUCAAAGGACGGAGACUUGGCCUGAGUAUCUGCCUCACUCCUUCGAGGAACAAAGAGAUCGGUCAUCUUUUGCAGCGGAUCUUUCACCACAGGAUCGUCUUUCAAAGGACCUGGGAACUACUCAAAGGAUGGAGACUUGGUCUGAGUAUCCGCCUCAUUCCUUCGAGGAACAAAGAGAUUGUUCAUUGGGUGACACAUUGAGAUUGCGCCUUGGGCCUCAAGUUUCUACCAGUGCCCCUCCCUGUUCUCAGGACUUGCAACAGAAUAGAGAAUUUCGGAUGAAUCCUUCAACAAUUCAUGGAUCAAACUUAGAACUACAUGCAUCUACAGUAGAGGAUGAUGCUGCUUGGACAAGAAAUAUGAAAACCAGAAGGAGGAGAGAUCAAAGACAAAAUAAAAGUCUGAGAGAAGGAAGGAUAGACGAACAAACGUGUGGAAUAGGAGAGGGACGAAUUGGUAAUUCGGAAGGAGAUAUAAGAUCAAACUUAGAACUAUUUACAGCAGAGGAUGAUCCAGCGCAAAGUUCAGACAUGGUCCAAUCUGAACAUGCCCCUUUGUCUGGCUCAGAAAUCGGUCCUCCAAGAGGUGAUUCUGCCUGGGAAAGAAGGAUGAGAAACAGAAGAAGGAAAGAAAGACGGAUUAGAAGUCUGAGAGGAAGGAUGAUAGGCAGACGAUUACGUGGGGGACGAAUUGGUAAAUGGGUAGGAGGAAAAAGAGGACAGAUAGGUGGACAAAAAAGACUGAUGAAUAUACAGAGAGGAAGACAAAUUGGACAAAUAGGCAGACAGAAAGGAGGAAAUGGAAGAGGACAGCAAAGUUUUGCUGGAACCCACACAAGCAGUAGAGGAGGAACAAAAGAUGUAGACAGCAUUGAAACGGAUGUGGCCAGGCCUAAGGAUGAGACGCAAGAACUUUCUUUUGAUGGAAAGCAGAUUGUCAAGGACAAAUCUUUAGUCAGUCCUGCUGAUUGGCCACCAACCUUGAAGGAUUACGUCCAGAGAGUCUUCAAUUCUUGCCAGAAUGAAUCCGAGAAGGACAAGGUGGAGUCCCACCUCAAGAAGAUCCUGACCGAGGCUCACAGCCAGGGCACCGUCAUGACCAAGGACUGGAGUCUGGAGCCCCUCCCUCUCUCCGCCCGCCCCAGCCCCGCCCGCCCCACCCCCACCCCCACCCCUAAGUCCUCCCACGAACAACCCGAAGCACCCUGGAGCGCCAGGCGCAGCCAGGAGAACCCGCUCCGCAUCGGCAGCGAUGAUUACCUGGAUGUAUCUAGACAGGGAAUCGGGCAAGGGCGGGGCCGGGGGCGUGGCAGAGGGCGUGGUCAGUGGAAUAAGAUGCCGGAGAACCAACAGAGCAGGUUCCCCACGCGAGUAGCUGAGCCUGCUAAGGGGCGCCACGGCCGCAAGAUCUUUGGCUUCUCCAGGGACUUCAGCAGCGACAGUGGUAGUUCAAAUAGCCGAUCCAGGUCCCGGUCCAGGUCCCGGUCUCCGUCUAGGUCUAGAAGUCCUGGCUGUAGCAGGUCUCCCUCUUCAAGUUCACGUAGGAGAAGAGCGAGAUCUUACAGAGACAGAGAUGAUCGGGACAGAAGAUCUAGGAGCCACGAACGGGACUACCUGUCGCUGUCUACUGAUAGGAAGGAGAAGGGCAAAGGUCGCGGCCGCGGGAGGGGAAGAGGUAGGGGGAGGAAGAGCGAAGAAGCGGAGAUUAACAGAAGGAACGAAAGAACACCAGGCAAGAAAGGACCGAAGGGGAAGAACAAGAAUGUCGGCGAUGUAAACUAUGUGAAUGACAAAGAGCGUGCAAUGCGCAUGCAGAAGCGCGCAGCCAGAUUCCAGGACAUGUUAGGGGAGGAGGACAGUCCGUCUGGCGGUGGCAGCGGUGGCAAGAAGCAACGAACUCAGAAACUCUCCCUUCAGAUCAAUGAAGUCUUGACUGGUGAAAGUGAUGAUGUUGAAUGGUCAAUGGAACCUAUAGUAGGCACCAAUCAGGACGAAUGGAAACAGUACCUCAGGCUCACAUCCGCGCCAGACCCAUCUCAGGUAAGACCGAUCUCUGUCCUUCGUAAGUCUCUGGUCAAGGUCAAGGAACGAUGGAAGGACAAGCAGGACUACCGCUUCGUGUGUGAGCAGCUCAAGUCCAUCAGGCAGGAUCUCACGAUACAGUGCAUCAGGAAUGAGUUCUCAGUUGAGGUGUAUGAAAUGCAUGGAAGGAUAGCUCUUGAAAAGGGGGAUGUCCCAGAGUUCAACCAGUGCCAGACCCAGUUGAAAGCCCUCUACGGUGAGGGGAUGCCCGGUAAUAUCCAUGAGUUCCAGGCGUACCAUAUACUCUAUAACAUCUCUAUGGAGAACACCAUGGAAAUGAACACGACCCUUGCGACCCUCAAACCGGAAUCCCGGAAGGACCCCUCUGUAAAACACGCCCUGGCGCUGCGCUCCGCCUGGGCAAUGUCAGACUAUCAUAAGUUUUUCAAGCUUUAUCGUACCGCCCCACGCAUGGGGUCCUAUGUCAUUGAUAUGUUUCUAGCUCGCGAGCGGAAGGCGGCGAUCAAGAUCAUCACCAAAUCAUUUCGACCCAUGGUCCCCGUAGACUACGUGGCAAACAGCCUCGCAUUCGACAGCGACGAGGAAUGCAUCACAUUCCUGACGGAGCUGAAUGUCGUGUUGAACGCGGAUAGGACUAAAGUGGACUGUAAACAGAGCGCUGCCGCCAUGGCCGUGGCUUGAGCUAGUUAGAAUCAUACCCCAGAAGUCAAAUAUAAGCAGAAAUCCAAAGACUUAAUCUUUAACCUAACAAACCAGAAAUUCAAGAGAGAUUCGAUCCAAGGAAUAUUUGCAUCUUUGCAUAUUUGCAGAAAUCCAAAGACUUAAUUAUUGACCUAACAAACCAGAAAUUCAAGCGAGAUUCGAUUCAAGGAAUAUCUGCAGUUGGCUUUGACUGGCCACUGGCAUACUGGAAUUUGGAACGGUUUUGGAGAGGAAACAAAAAUUAGAAGAGAGUUGGACUUGCAUGGCCCAUAGUUCUUUUCAAAUGAAGAAGAAUGCAGCAAAGAAUGUCAAUUAUUUAUUUUGGCUGAUCACAUUUUUACAAGUUUACAGUAGAAAUGGGCCUUCCUAUAGACCCUUACGCAGGGAAGUUAUUAGCAGAUAUUGUUCCAACAUUGAAGGAGAUUCACGUUUCCUUUUGAAUAUCUAUAUUUGGAAACUAGAAUUUCUAUGUCAUGGUAUUUUCCUGGUCUGGUAAGGACUAGGAAAUCAAAAUUCUUUCUUAAUUGUUUGCACCUUUAAUUUUGGUCUGUGUCUUGUGCUCCAAACUUCUCAUAUGAUAAUCUAGGCAAAUCAUUUUAAUGUAAAGAAUUUCCAUAUUUAAAAUACAAACAUUUGAAAAAUUGACAAGACAAUGCUAUAAUGUUUCUAUUUUGAUCAAAUGAAAUGGCACUUACAUAUAUGUAAAAAAAUAAAAAUAUUAAUUGUAACAUUUCUCUCUUUUCUUCUUCCUUUUAUCCUACCACGUUCACAGCAAAUGUCUGAAUUUGUGUACUCUCUUUGUGUAUUUAUAUUGGUCAUAUUUAUUGGAAAGGUGGUACUUGUUAACUGUGCACAAAAUACUUUUAAAUAUGUAACUUCCAGAUUCUGAUAAUGCCAUACAGGAAAGGUUUUCAUCCUUCUCUACAGUAUUGCUAAUUCACAAGAAGAUGUUAAAAUUUCAGAUUACUGGCUAUUUUCUAUUGUUUAAUUUAAACUGAAACUUUGGUAACUAUGGAGUAUCAUCAGAAUUUAUGUCAGUGGGUUUAUGUGCAAUU